AUGACCAGGAGCAUCCUUAUUGCCCUUUUGCGCUCCGAUCUGCGCUUGCACGACCACGCCAUCUUCUCGGCCUGUCGUCCAGGCAGCAGCGCGCUCCCAAAUGUCACACACGUCGUCCCCGUCUAUGUAUUUGACCAGAAGUACGUCGAAGUGGGGGGCAUCACGGGCCUGACAAAGGGCAAAGGGCCCGGGCAUAAUGGCGCAAAGACGAGAGUUGCUGGCUUCUGGCGAUGCGGGCCACACAGGACACGCUUUGUGACUCGCUCCGUCUAUGAUCUCAAGGCUCGUCUCAAGAAGCUGGGCUCUGAUCUGUCCAUCUGGGCGGGCCAGCCUGACGUCGUCUUGGCCAAGCUUGUCGAAGCGUUUCAGCGUGAAGGUGACAAGGUCGAAGCUGUCUGGAUGAGCGGCGAGACAGGAAAGCCUCACACGGAGGAGGUCAACACAGAGAAGCGCAUCAAGAAGGCCCUCGCGCCAAGCCAGACGCCGCUGAAGCUCGUGGAGAACAGCAGCCUCAUUGACCCAAAGGACCUUCCCUUUGACAUCAAGGACCUCCCCGACGUCUUUACCCACUUUCGCAAGCGUGUCGAGGCACCCGAUAUGUUCAAGCCGCCCGAGCCAGCACCCGACAAGCUCCUGCCAUUUGUGGAGGUGCCCAAGGUCGACAAUGGGCCGGGCGUGUUCAAGGUCGGUGACGAUGUCAGCGAAGAGAACCUCACCGAGCAGCUGUUGGCGCCAUUGGACAAGGAGCCAGGGCCGCUGCCGGUUCUGGGCCAGCUCAAAGGCCAAGACCUUCCCAAUGCGUUGCCGUUCAAGGGUGGUGAGACCGAGGCGCUCGCUAGAUUGGAGCACUACUUUGGCGGAGGCAAGCAGGCUCCAGCAGCUACCUACAAGGACACGAGGAAUGAGAUGCUCGGAGCAGACUAUUCAACAAAGUUCUCCUCUGCACUCGCGCACGGACUGCUCUCGGCCCGAACGAUUGCGCAUAGAGCCACCCAACUUGACAAGAGCAACGGCGCAAAAGGCCGCGACGGUGGCGGUUACUGGAUCAUCUUUGAGCUUCUCUGGAGAGACUACUUCCGGCUGGUCUCACUCAAGUACGGCUCAAGCCUAUAUACGAUCUAUGGAAUCGAAGGAGAGCUCGACGAGAAGACGAGUGACCAAAAGGCCCGCGAUUGGAUCCAGCCAAGGAGCUUCGACGACAAGGGCGAUGCUUUCGUCCGGUGGGCUACCUUCGAGACGGGGGUUCCCCUCAUCGACGCCAACAUGAAGGAGCUGGCUGCCACUGGCUUCAUGUCAAAUAGGGGCCGCCAGAAUGUUGCCUCGCUGCUGACAAAGGACCUCUACUACGACUGGAGGCUGGGUGCUGAAUGGUUCGAGCACCUCCUCGUCGACUAUGACCCAGCGAGCAACUACGGAAACUGGCAGUACGUUGCCGGAGUUGGAAACGACCCUCGUGCGUCUCGACAAUUCAAUCCCAUCAAGCAAGCAAAGGACUACGAUCAGCAAGCCAAAUAUGUCAAGGCUUGGUUGCCUGUGCUUGAAGGCCUGCCUCAUACGGAAGCCCACCAUCCGUGGACUCGGGCCGAAGGCAGCCCAGAGGGGUACCCGAGCAAGCCCGUGGUGGAGAACAACAUGUGGAAAUCGCAUUACGCAAGGGACGGCUCCAGUCGUGGAGGGAUCCGCGGCGGCGGAGGCGGUGGGGGUAAGACCCACGACAAGUACUAUUUGAAGCAUGUAUCAGUUUAG